UGACAUCCUUCCAUUCUCAUCGCGCAUGCACGGCUCAGGGGGCGCGCAGCAUGGCGAUCGCCGGUGCGCUGUGUCCCUCAGACACAGCGGAUCAUGGAAAGAGCCGAAGAUGUCGGCUCGGUCAUGUGAUCAGCUGUGUCCAAUCACAGCUGAUCACAUGGCACUGAUGAUCAGUGUGCCCUGAUGAUCAGUGUGGCCCCAGAAGUGCCACCUGUCAGUGUCCAUCAAUGCCAGCAGUCAGUGCUCAUCAGUGCCACGUGCCAGUGCCCAUCAGUGCCAAAUCAAUGCCACAUAUCAGUGCAUACCAGUGUACAUCAAUGCCACAUAUCAGUGCCCAUCUGAGCUGCCUUUCAAUGUCACCCAUCAGUGCCAGUCAGUGUCACCUAUCAGUGCCAUCUAUCAGUGAUGCCAAUCAGUGC